AUGCUGUCGUGCAGUCUAAGUAUUUCACCGCCGCAGCCACGGUCUUCGCUGCCACCGUUGAAUCGGCAUUUGCAUGACCUAUUGCAAGACUCGAAAGAUUACAUCAUGUCCAAAUCCAAACAAACUGGGCUGUCGGUAGUAGAACCAUUCUUGAUCAGACUUGCACAUGAGAACCUUGGACCUUUACGCCAUCCUCUCGACUUUCAGGGUAAAAGACAGAGUUAUAUCAGGAUUGCUGCAGAAGACAACUUCUCUGUUUCUUCUGAACACACUAGAGUUCACCGAGAUGCACUCAACCGAGGAAUGAUCAAUGUCAAUGUCCAAUCGGACCCCUGGGAAGCGGUGACGAUGCCGCGUCGACACAGCCAAAGUAACGAGGAUGAUGGGAAGAGCAAGAAGGCGAAUAAGACGGCGGCCAGUGAGGUCAUGAAGCGCAUCGAGGUCGUCGAUCCUAAUGAUAUUAAGAUCAUCAAGCGCUACGACAAUAACAUUGGUAUCGUUCCGAUCGAAGUCUUGUCUUGUCAACAACCACGUAGUGUACUAUCAUUUGACGAGAAACCUUUCCGACGAGCAUGGCCUCCUGCGCGCUUUCCACAGAACGACACUGCGGACUCUGGCGACCUUGCGAUGGCCACGCACCAGCUCGUCUUGUCUAUGUUCGGCACUGUAAACGUCGAAAACACCUCCUUGGAAAGCGUUACCUUUGAGUCCUUCAUCUCCGCCAUCAUCAAGAUGCUGGAGGAUUUGCUGAACUACGGCAACGAAUACUUUAGACUCGAUCAAAGACAGUCUGGAAGUUAUGUGAGCGCUUUGAACUAG